AGGAAGAGGUGGAGCACCUGCGCCAUCUGAUGAAACCCUUUGCCUGGACUAGUUCUGCUGCGUUUUCUGGUGUACGGUCUCUUGACAAUACUGUACAGUGCUGUAUAAACACAGAAACCACACAAAGCCACAGCUCAUCCUUAGUGCACAGCAAACGGUCACUAAAAUUUGAAGAAUGCCUCCUAAAAGAAAGGCGUCCUCAUCCACCAAAGCAAGGGGCAAAAAGGUGAAGGUGGAGCCAGAGGCUCCAGAAGAUACCUUCAAAUCGGUUAAGGAGGCCCUAAAGGCUGCUCCGAAAGACAAGGCAAAGUGCAAGGCAAAGAUCGAUGCUACUUGUGAAAUGAGCAGGGACGCUGCAGCCGAGAUUUAUGAAGAUUAUGACUGCAUGCUCAACCAGACCAACAUUGGAAACAACAACAAUAAGUUUUAUAUCAUUCAACUAAUAACGUCGGGGAAAAGAUUCUUCAACUGGAAUCGAUGGGGCCGUGUGGGUGAAGUCGGUCAAUCGAAGCUUACACCAUUUGUUGGAGUAUCUGAAGCAGUGAAGGACUUUGAGAAGAAGUUCAAAGACAAGACGAAGAACGAUUGGAACAAGAGGGACAGUUUCACGCCACACCCUGGGAAAUACACCCUGAUUGAAGUAGAGGGGGAAGAGGAGGCUGAGGUCAAGAUUGAUACUGUUGAUGGAGUUAAAAAGGAAGCGCUCCCUUGCACACUGGACAAACCCACCCAGGAGCUCAUCAACCUCAUCUUCAGCAAUGACAUGUUUAAUAAUGCCAUGGAGACAAUGAACCUGGACAUUAAGAAGAUGCCAUUGGGAAAGCUGAGCAAGGCACAGAUCGCCAAGGGGUUUGAGGCUUUAGAGGAGCUUGCAGAGUCCAUGAAGAAGAGGACUUCCAAGAGUAAGCUGGAAGAGCUCUCCUCAAAGUUCUACACCAUCAUCCCUCACAACUUUGGGCGCAUGAGGCCGCCAGUUAUAGACACCCUGGAAAUAAUAGCCGCCAAAAAAGAGAUGCUUCUGGUUCUGGCGGAUAUUGAACUGGUUCAAAGUCUCCAGGCAGAAAAGGACAAAGUUAAGGUGGAGGAGAUUGAAGCGGUGCCUCACCCACUCGACCAGAACUAUCUGCUUCUGAAAUGUAACCUUUCACUGAUGGCUAAACCUUCCAAAACAUACAAGGUAAUACAGAAAUACCUUGAUGAAACUGGACAAUCGGGGAGAAAACUCCAGCUUCUCAAUGUGUGGGAGGUUGACAGGGAAAAGGAGGACGAUCGCUUUCAAGCUCAUGAUAACCUAGACAACCGUCGUUUGCUGUGGCACGGGACCAACGUUGCCGUUGUCGCGGCGAUCCUGAAGAGCGGUCUCAGGAUCAUGCCACAUUCCGGGGGUCGUGUAGGAAAGGGAAUUUACCUAGCAUCUGAGAACAGCAAGUCUGCAUGUUACGUUCGACCCUCUGCCAAUAAUACAGGGAUCAUGUUCCUUACUGAGGCUGCGCUUGGGAACGAGUUCAGUAUUGCAAAGGAUGAUUCCUCGCUGGAGGCGGCACCAGAAGGGUAUGACAGUGUGGUGGCACGGGGCAUGACAGAACCAGACCCUUCCAAGGAUACAGAGAUCAUUCUGGAUGGCAGGAAAGUGGUUGUUCCUCAGGGGAAGCCUAUUCCUCAGCCGAAGUACAAAGACAGCUACUUCAAUCAGAGCGAGUACCUUGUCUACAAGGAGAGCCAGUGCCGGAUUCGGUACCUCCUGGAACUGAAGUUUUGAGCACCACUGUACUUUAUUUUCACCAUCGAUGAAUAGUAUGCAUAGCCUGUUCCUCUUAAAGAUAUGGUGAAUUAUCUUAUGACAGGGGCAAGUGUCCUAAAGGAACGGUGUAAUCGUAAGUGUGAGUUUAAAACAUUGCUGUUAGCAUAACAUUUGCUCCCCUCUCCCAAAACAAAAGCAAUGUAUCUCUGUUAUUGCAGAACGGGUAUACCAAUGACUUUUUCUGCUGUUCAUUAAUGAUAAGACACUUUCUGCAAACCCCUUUAUCAGCAGCCUAUUUAAAAAAAUGAAUAUAUAUAUAUAUAUAUAUAUAUAUAUAUAUAUAUAUAUAUAUAUAUAUAUAUAUAUAUAUAUAUAUAUAUAUAUAUAUAUUACUAAUAGGACGGAAUAAAUGAAGGACAAACAGUACAGCCGUUGCAUGGUGUAGUAUACAGAACAUGUGAACUAAACAGCCAUUUAAGUUCAUAUAGUCGUAGCAACAUUUGCUAUAGUAAUGGCACACAAAGUUACAUGAUAGAAUGACAUUAUAGAAGAGAACUAGAAUUAAUGCAGCUAGGUGUCCUAUAUGAAAAGCAUGCUUUACAAGUAAUGCUUUGAACUGUUUUGCACACCAGCACCAUUUUCGGCAAGUAAAAGUGAAGAAGAUUUGCCAUUGCUUUUUGUUUUUUUUGUUUUUUUCAGAUGUGCUUUUCUGUAUGUGAUUUUCAGUUGAUAGAAAAAAGGGCAAGACCCAUAUUUAAGGAAUUGUGCACUAGGUUAAAUGAGACCCCUGUUACCAUGGCAGCAAGGUUAUAUCUCUGAUUUAUGUUUUGCCAGAGGAAAUGGCAGAUGUUUCUUUUAUAACACGCUCCUUAAUUUUGCCUUAUGUUCUGUAUCCCUUCUUUUGUACAGGUUAUACUCUUUGUUUUCGAAGUCUAGUAGAUACGGUAAUUCAUAUUUAUAAUUUGCUUUGUGAAAACUGUCCAAUGUUGCUGUGAACAAGAAGGCAAGUAAUGUGCCAGGGAAAUGUGAGUUAAGGUUUGGCAGGUCUUUUGUGAAAUGAUCAGAAUAUAAGAAUUAUGUGCAGUAAAUUCCGAAGGACCUUUUAUAACAUUUAGGUUUGUGGGAGGCAGAAACUCAUAUCUUGAGUUUGUCUGAAUUCUUCACCAGAUCCUUAGUUUAAUGUUGUAUGCUGAACUGUUACAGUACAUUGUAAUGUAUAUGUUUUAAACAAGCAAUGGAUUAUUAGCAUAGUUUAUACGGCAUGUAGUAAAAUACAUAGGAACCUCUAUUUCUUGACUGUGCUUAUGCUAAUGUAUAGGCAUCACUAAAGUAGUUAGUGAAUAUCAGAGUGAUAAUGCACAUGCCACUGUUAUGUGGGUCAUUGUUUUUGUUGGGAGAAAAAUCUGUUAUUUAAUUAUUGUUCCCUAUUUAUAAAGCUAUAGCUUGUGGUAUUUAAACAAGUUUUUCCAAAGUCUCUUGUUAUUUUUAAAUACAGCUAAAAAAAAAAAAAUAGAAUCUUUUGAUAACACUAGUUAUGCCUUAAUAUUAGUAGGGUCCAUACUGAAACAAAAAUAUUAAAUUAUUUGAAUGCAUUCCCUUUUUAAAUGUGGAUUCUGAAUCACUGCCUGUAGCAGUUUCUGCCAAAGGAUUAUUGUUACAAUCAGUUAGAAAUCAUGACCAGUAAUACUUUCAGUUGCGGUCCAAAGCAAUUUGCUGUAACACAGGCCAUUUUGCAUCUGUAAUUUCCUGUCUAAUGAAGAGUGCUUGCUGCUACCAUGUGUAACACUUACUAUUUGUAUGUAUGUGUCUAUGCAUACCGAUUCCUUAACCUUUUGCUGUUGAAAAUGUGCUGAAAUUAAAAAAGCCUGCCCCCACACCCAUUGUGUAUACAGCAAAGUGCCUUUAGUUGAGUCCCCUCUGUUCUGUGUUCUAGUCUGAAGAUGUAUCAUGAAUAUGAGUGCUAGGUAAUGAAAGGUCUUGUUAUAAGAUGAUACUGUGGGUGAAGUCAUGCAGUAAAGGCGAUUGGGUUGAAUUGUGGUUAUAGUUGUAUUUGUAGAGUUGAAAUAAUAAACAAAAAUGUUGUUUCUCUU